CGCUUCCUGGGGACGGAGCCGGGCACUGAGGAGCGACAGGACCCGGAGGAGGCAAGGCAGCAAGGGAAGGAGGACCCCGGCAGGCGACAACAUGAAAUUCAGCCCCGCGCACUACUUGCUGCCUCUCCUGCCAGCGCUGGUACUCAGCACCAGACAGGACUAUGAAGAGCUAGAAAAGCAGCUGAAAGAAGUAUUUAAGGAGCGGAGCACCAUCCUCCGUCAGCUGACAAAGACAUCAAGAGAGCUUGAUGGAAUUAAAGUCAACCUUCAGUCUUUAAAAAAUGAUGAGCAAUCUGCCAAAACUGAUGUUCAGAAGCUUCUGGAAUUAGGCCAGAAACAAAGAGAAGAAAUGAAGUCUCUCCAGGAGGCCUUACAAAAUCAACUUAAAGAGACAUCUGAGAAAGCAGAGAAACACCAGGCUACUAUUAACUUUUUAAAGACUGAAGUGGAAAGAAAGACCAAAAUGAUCCGAGACCUCCAGAAUGAGGCCCAACAGCUUACUGAUCUGGAACAAAAAUUAGCUGUAGCCAAAAAUGAACUAGAGAAAGCAGCUCUUGACAGGGAGUCACAGAUGAAAGCAAUGAAAGAGACUGUGCAACUCUGUUUGACAUCAGUUUUCCGUGAUCAACCUCCACCUUUGAGUCUAAUCACAACAAAUCCAGCUCAGAUGUUAUUUCCAACUAGGACAAUUGCUGCUAAGAUUCCAGAUGAAAAGACAAAAAGCAAGCCCCAGCAAAGUGCUACUGGAAACAAUGAAAACACUCGAGUUGAAUCAACUAAGAAAGAAAAUCCAAGUACCAUUCCUUGUGAUUCUCAAGAUGAGGGCAGAACCUGUUUAACAAAACACAAGGACAGUCCCCCAAGAAAUGCAACUGCAGAUUCAGAGCCUGUCCCACAGAAAUUGCAAAUGCCUCUGUGUUCUGAAUGUGAAGUGAAAAAGGCUCCAGAGAAACAAUUAACCAGCUUUGAAGGGAUGGCGGCAAGAGAAGAGAAAAUACUGUAAAUACCAAGAAACUGUGUUAAAAACAUCCAUUUGCUCUUGUAUUCAUACUCUUUUUAGACAACAAGCUUGAUGGAAAUACUAAAUUUCUAAAGCAUGCAUUUUUUUCACGAUUUUAUGUAACUUUAUAAAGUAAUCUCCACGUAGUCUGAAAGUUUCCAAGCUGAUUAUGAUCCUUGAGCAAUAACCUAUACUGGAAGAGGAUUUCUAAUCAUAAGUAUUUCAAUGUCAUCACCAAAUUGCCCAGUAUAAAUUGUCCUGUUUU